GCGCCCCUCCUCCUCUCCCCGCCUCCGCGCCGCGGCGCGCUCGGGCUUCGGAGCCGAAAUGGGCGCCGCCGCGUGGGCAUCGCCGCCCCUGCCGCUACGCGUAUCUCUCCUGCUGCUGCUUCUGCCGCUCCCGGGGCUGCCCGAGGGCUCCUGGGACCCGGCAGGUUACCUGCUCUACUGCCCAUGCAUGGGGCGCUUUGGGAACCAGGCUGAUCACUUCUUGGGCUCCCUGGCAUUUGCAAAGUUGUUGAACCGCACCCUGGCUGUACCCCCUUGGAUUGAGUACCAGCAUCACAAGCCUCCCUUCACCAAUCUCCAUGUGUCCUACCAGAAGUACUUCAAGCUGGAGCCCCUCCAGGCCUACCAUCGCGUCAUCAGCCUGGAGGACUUCAUGGAGAAGCUGGCACCCACCCACUGGCCCCCUGAGAGGCGGGUGGCAUACUGCUUUGAGGUAGCCGCCCAGCGAAGCCCUGAUAAGAAGACGUGCCCCAUGAAGGAAGGAAACCCCUUUGGCCCAUUUUGGGAUCAGUUUCAUGUGAGUUUCAACAAGUCGGAGCUUUUUGCAGGCAUUUCUUUCAGUGCCUCCUACAAAGACCAGUGGAUCCAGAGAUUUUCUCCAAAGGAACAUCCAGUGCUUGCUCUGCCAGGGGCCCCAGCCCAGUUCCCCGUCCUAGAGGAACAUAGGCCGCUCCAGAAGUACAUGGUAUGGUCAGAUGAGAUGGUGAGAACAGGAGAGACGCAGAUCCGUACCCACCUCAUCCGGCCGUACGUGGGCAUUCACCUGCGCAUUGGCUCUGACUGGAAGAAUGCCUGCGCCAUGCUGAAGGACGGGACUGCAGGCUCCCACUUCAUGGCCUCUCCACAGUGCGUGGGCUACAGCCGCAGCACAGCGGUCCCCCUCACCAUGACCAUGUGCCUCCCCGACCUGAAGGAAAUCAGGCGGGCCGUGAAGCUCUGGGUGAAGGCACUGAAUGCCCAGUCGGUCUACAUUGCUACGGAUUCUGAGAGUUAUGUGCCUGAGAUCCAGCAGCUCUUCAAAGGGAAGGUGAAGGUGGUGAGCCUGAAGCCUGACGUGGCCCAGAUUGACCUAUACAUCCUCGGCCGAGCCGACCACUUUAUUGGCAACUGUGUCUCCUCCUUCACCGCCUUCGUGAAGCGGGAACGGGACCUCCAGGGGAGGCUGUCCUCUUUCUUUGGCAUGGACAGUCCCCCUCAGCUGCGGGACGAGUUCUGAUCCUGGCUAGAGCACAUCACCAGUCUGAGCUGGUCCCUCCAGCCAGGUCUGGCAGCCAGAGAUGCUCCUAGGAUUGAUCCCCAAAGGAGCAAGCUCCUCCUCUCUCUCGCCACAGACAGAGAAAAGUACCAGGGACUUCCUGGAGGAGGAAGACAGUCUAUCUCCCAGGGCACAGGACUUCCAAGCUCCUAUGAGCCAGAGCAUUUCCCCUCCUCACGUACUUCCUGCUGUUUCUCCUGGGAAUUUUUCACACCAGCAAAGCAGUCCAACCUCUGUCUUUUGGUCUGCCCUGCUCUGAGCAGCCUGGGAUGCUGACCUCUCUUCAGAGAGAUUUUUUAUAUAGAGAGAGAUUUUUAUAGUUUGGAUACAAGCUAUGACUACCCUAGAACUCUCCCUCAUUUAAAAAAAUCAGUGAAGUUCAUUAACGUAGGUACCUAAAGUGACCUUAACUGAAUGUGGAUGAGGCAGGGGUGGGGUGGGUAUAUUGGCCACUUUUCCAGCUGACUCCCAAGGUGACCCUCAGACUUAUCCCACUGCCUGGCCAAGCCAUUGUCGACCCCCUUCCUAGGCCAUCUCCAGGGUUUGGGGCAGGAACAGUCUCCUCCGUUGUAAACACUGUGCCAAUGGAAGCUAUCAGUCUGGGUGCAGUGCAGGGCUCCACAGGCAGCUAAGUGCUGCCAACAAUAGCGUGUUCCCAGCAAGGAGCAUACGCCAUCAAGCUCGCCAUCGUGAUAUUGCUCUCAGAGUCUCUUGGUAGUUGGUGGCCUGCCACAAACCUGGCACCAUCAGGGUCUCAUAACACAUCAGAAGCCAGGGCUUGCUGGUCUGGUGGGAUCCUUCUGAAGGCUGCCGUCUCCUCUUCUGAUUUCUGGUUCCAAGGGGCCUGGUUGUAGAAUUUUGCCAUUGAGUUGGUAUCUGAGGCCUGUCCUCCUAGCCUCCCUUCUGUGGCUGGAGCCCUCAGUCCGUGUUCUCACAGGGAGUGCUUGCUAAGCGUCUGACCAGAUAGAAGAUGCCCAGGAGCCAGGAGCCAUCAGAAUUCCCAGUUUGGAAGCAACUUUUGCCCCUUCCCAUCCAGUGUAAUCUCUGCCAACCCCGUGAGGCUUAAGGUGUUACAGUCAUAAGUUUCUUUGUCUCUGUCAGAUGCUGCAUUUGUAAUAUCCAUGACUCCUGAGAAUCUGUUAUUUUUUUGGCCUUUUGGUUCUAAAAUUCAACUCUGACACUGGCUGACCUCUUCCCCGCCCUGUGCCUCGCGUGGCCUUUGAUCCUGGACAGGUGGGGGAGACUGACAAGAGCCCGGCCCAGAGCUCCGUGCAGGGCUUCUCCCCUGCUUACCUUUGGGAAGAAAUACUUUCAUCAGAGCAGACUGGGUCAGAGGUUGCAGGGCUAUAAGGACAUUAGACACCAAAGGUGGCAUUUGCUGCCUAGAACUGCUGCCUAGCUCUUAGCAGAGAAACUGUACAGAAAGAGCUUUUGUAUUCUCCCUCCCGGGAGAACAGGACAUGUUUUAAAUCCUGGGUGGACUCUGACAGAUGGUUUGUCUGUUCAGACUUGUUCACGAGCCUCAUUCAGAGACGCAGGAGCCCUUGUCCUCCGGCCUCCAUCCGAUGGUUAGGAAGGUGUGGCUUACUGGCUGGUUUCAUUUGCUGGAUUCAUUUGCUGUCCACAACCUCACACUAGGCACGUGCUUUAGAGCCCGUGGCACUGCUGGGCCAUCCAGAUCAUGAUUAGCCUCGGCAGUAAUAACAGCUUGUGUUCUGGAGGAGAGGGCGCAGGAGUUGUAGUCAGAUCCAGUGUAUGAUGUAGGCAAGCACUUUAUUCCUCUUUGGCCUGGUUUCCUCACCUGUAAAAUGGUGAUAAAACUGAUGGGGUUGUUGAAAGGCUGAGAUCAGAUAAAGCACGUCUAGGAGCACAUUGUAUACUUGAAAGAGACAAAGACACCUAUGUGGCUGUUGAUUAAUUUGACUGCCUCUUGUGGCACACCUACCCUGUGCCAGGCACUGUGCUUGUUUAGAGCUUUAUGGGUUUGGGACCCGCCCCAUCCUUGGGAAGUAGGAACUGUUAAUAUCCUCUUUCUGCACAAGGAAAAAACUAAUGCUCAAAAAAUUCUCAGAAUUUUGCCAAGGCUGCACAGCUAGUAGUAUUAAGCCAGGAUUUGACUUCCCAAAGCCAGUGCUAUUAGCCACCAGUUUACAGGGAUGCACUACUCUGCUCUGCUGCCUCCAGUUUACAGGGAUGCACUUCAUGCUGUGUGUGCCACAGAGGCUUCCGAUGGGAAAAUGAGCAGCCAGCUUAGUUCCCAUUGAGCUCCUUCUAGGGUUCUGCUCCUGCCAAGAGGUUUUGGGGAGGGUGAGAUCACCCAAGAAACAGAAAGCCCACGUGAAGCUACAGCUCUCUUGGGUGGUUAGUUAGGUCAACAUUCUUUCAUUCACCAGGUAUUUAUUGAUCACCUACUAUGUGCCAGGCUCUGUACCAGGUACUAGGGAUUCAGCAGAGAAUCAGACAUAAGGUCUUUGUUCUCAAGGAAUUUGUAUUCUAGUAAGUAGAAGACACUACAAACAAAUGUACCAUGGGAGGUGUUGAUUAAGCACUAUAAAGAAAGAUAAAGGGUGUGGGGUGCAGAGGGGAAGCAGUGCUGGUUUAGACAAGGAGCUCAGGUGAGCCUCUCCCAAGAGCUGCUGUGGAGGAGCGAGGGACACACUCAUCCAGAUGUCUGGAGGCAGCACACUCCCUCACCUCCCCCUCGCAGAGGAAACAGCAGUGCAGAGGUCCUGAAGCUGGAGACGGUGAGUGAAGAAUAGCAAGGAGGCCAGUGUGGCUGGAUUGGCAGGAGCGAGGCAGUGGGCAGAGCAGUAGAUCAGAGCAGGAGAGGUGGUGCGUCCUGCAGCCUGGAGGGCAGUGGUAAGGUCGAGGCUGGGCUUUUAUUUGGAAAAUAUGGGAAGCCUUUGUAGGGUCUGCACAGAGAGGGUCAUGGUCUGAUUUACAUUUUUGAAGCACCUGUCUGGCUGCCACAUGGAGAAGAGAUGGGAGGGAGGAAGGGUGGAAGCAGGGAGACCAAUGCAGGGCUGUUAGACAGAUGUAGGGGGGAGAGACACAGUGGGACUCAGGAUGGACUCAAGCAAGGAUCAUUGCAUUGAAGAUGGUGGGAAGUAGUCAGAUUAUGGAUAUAUAAAAUUAUUUUUAAAUUUCAACUUUUUUAAAGAUAUGUCUUUGCAUAGUUUUAAUCAUGCUAUGUAUAGAAUUUAAUAUCCUGUUUUUCACUUAAUAGUAUAUUUUCCAUGUUGGUACAUAGCCUGAAUAAAUGUCUUUAGUGACCUAAAAUUCCACUGAGGGCUGUCCCACAGUUUAUUGUUGUCCUAUUAUGAGAAUUUAGUAUAUUGUCAAUUUUUCGCUAUUAUUAUUUGAAAAUAUUUUUAUUUGUAAGAUUCCUUUCUGUAUCUAAAAUUUCCAUUAAGGUAAAUUCCCAGAAGUGGAUUUGUUAGAUCAAAGACUUAAAAAUAAAAACUUUUAUUAUGGAAAAACUCAAA